AUGGUGCGGGAAAGGUUUCAGAACGUGAAAUUAUGGGUGGUCACGGUGCUAUUGGCCUGCGGCGCUGUUGAAAUGUCUGCAGCUGCAGAAUUCGACAUCUCUGAGAUACUGAGUGAUUUCCCCGACUUCAGUCUGCUAAACCAGCUGCUGACCAAGACCAAAGUGGCGGCCGAGAUCAACGCCCAAACAGGCAUCACUCUCUUCGCACCCUCCAAUCACGUGCUCUCGGCAUUCCAGGCCGACGUUCCAAACGCGAACGAUGAUUUCAUGGGAGACCUCCUCCGCCACCACGUAGCUAUGCAGUUCUUCGACAUGCCGGGCCUGCAAGCCUUGCAAACGAACCUGUCCGUUGCCUCGCUCCUGCAAUCAGCCCCCGGCGGGAGAGCCAAGGAUGAUGUGGUCCUCAUCGCCAACAUGCCGCCCAGCGUCCUCCUGGACAACUCGGUGGAGACGAGAGUCGUCAUUAACAUCACGCAGGUCGUCAGCGAAAUCAGCAUCAUCCAAGUCGAUCAAGUCCUCCGGCCCGCUACGUUCCCUUCGCUCACUCCUGUGAGCAGCACCACGGAACCACCGACCGAUAUUACAGCAACUCUGGACUCGUUCGGGGACUUCAGCCUCUUUUCAUCAUUCCUCAAGCAAACUGGAGUGGACACCAUAUUCGAGGGAAGGCAGUCCACUGCAGAAGGGAUCACGGUUUUUGCCCCGACUGACGACGCAUUCAACCUUCUGCCGGGCCAGUGGUUUCAGAACUUCUCGGACGACGAGCAGAGGCUGUUUAUGGAGUACCACGCUCUGGACAGGUUCUACGAUCUCGGCGAUCUAUGGGAAUUCAAGCACUUACCUGUGAACACGGUGGCGACCACUCUCGACAAACCGGGAUCGUUCCUUCUGCACAUAAACUCCACAGCUGGCGUGGUGAAUGUCGCGGCGGGCAGAUCAAAUGCCACCAUUACGGCCACGUUGUUCCAAGCGACGCCGUUCAUCAUGUUGGCCAUCGACACCGUGCUUCUGCCUUAUGAGCUCUUCGGGGACUCGAUGCCCAUCGAGAUGAAUCUCUCGGUUUCGACCCCGGGUCCAGCUCCUUCGUCUCUUGUAAUUCCUCCUCCGCCUCCUCCUCCUCCUAAGUCCAUUGCUCGAGGCCCCCAUAGCAGCCAAUCCACAGAACCUCCUCCUCCUGCAAUUCCAGGAGGAGCACCGGAAGACAUCCGGGCUUUGGCUGCCAGUCUCACGUUCACUCUGACAACGCUGGUGGCCUCGUUUCUCCUCAGCUCGAGUCUCUGCCUGUAA